GAUCAAGGGCUUGGUAGAGUCUGUACGACGCACCGGUAAGCAAGGACUAAGAAUCUGUACAUCAUCUCAUUUCCACAGAUGCCCUCAGCAUCCCGUUCUACUGCCUCAGUGGCACUAUGCAUCCGCGAUGACUCCACAGGCCCUUUCAGUGCCAGCUUUAAUCACCAUCUGACAGCUGGAAUGUAUGAGAGGUAUAAAAUAGAUAACUUGAGCGCAGCCAUUCAACCAUCCAACCAUUGGAACUUUCUCUCUCAGCGAGCCAGCCAUUUUCUGAAUCUCUUUUGACCAUCCCAUUGUUCAUUCAUCAUUAUGAGCGAAAAGUUCUCCAAGUAUGUGGUUUACAAGCCCAGCGGUGGUGAUGCCAUGGUUAAGUCCGGUCGAUCCACCAUCUAUUCGUACCCAGGCGACGAGGCUUUCUAUGCCUCCAUCGAUACCUACCUCGUUGACACUACUUGGGUGUCGAAGAUGUCUUGGGAGAACAACACCACUGCGGCGCAGACGUACUCCCUCCAGUAUACGACAGAGCUCAAAGUCACCCAAGGCUCUGAGGUCACCAACUCUGUCGGGAUCGGUGCCGAAUUCAAGGGCCUGUCGAUGAGUAUGGAUAGCCAGACCAAGACGUUCACGACGUACGAGACGACGGAAACGCUGACGAAGACGAUCACGCUGAGCGUCCCUCCCAAGUCGACGCUUACGUUCUAUCAGAAGAAGUAUCGGUUUAGGAGUACGAUGUUCUUUGUGCUGGAUGCAUGGAAUGAGGAGUGGAAUGCUGGGUCACCUGGGGGAUACGAUAUCACGAGGAAAGAAUGUCAAGUGGAGAUUAUGAGCGAGGAUUACCUGACUACGGACGUGGCGUUGGUGGAUUCAGCCACAGGGACGAUGGAUGUGAAGAGAGUAUCGAGGGCUGAUCUGGAGAGUCGCAGGAAGACCCGAAAGCGCGAAAAUCUUACUGAGAGAGCGAAGAAGGAGCUUUCGAAGAUGGGAGUAUAACCAGUAAAUCCGGAUAUUUUAUGCGGCCUGUUUGCUGUUAUCUUUUUCUAUUUCGUUGUGGUAUCCGAUCUUUGCGCACGAUAACGACGAAAGAAGGACUCUAAAUAAUGUACUUUUACUUCCUCAUUCAUAGCAUGCUCCUUAUGUUUUUU